CUUUGUAUUUCAAGAAUAUCAUUGGUGCAGAUCGCGAGAAAAAGGUUCUUUCUUCGUGGACAUGCUAUAUAUUUCAUGGUGUUUAACAAUUUUCAUUCAUCAGUUUGAGAUGCGAGCAAAUGUUGCUCGCAACAGAUCCCAAGUUUUUGACAUACUUUGGCUUGUCGCGAUGGCUGCACAAGUCAGAAAUUAAAAAGCAGCCACUCAGCGACAGUAAGCUUGUCUAUACAUGUAGUUGCAGUCUGUCUUUGGAAGCUGUAGAAAUAACAAGAAAGAGGCUGACAUAGUGGUAUAGUUUGUUAUAUAUGAAGUUUAUUGAUGGCAUUCAUGUCAUGAUGAUAUCAUUAAAGUACAACAUACAUUGAUUUUCUGACAGUCAUGUGUUAUUACAUUUGAACUGAGACUGUUUUAUAAUCAGGUUCGUGAUACUUUUUUUAAUAUAUCCUCUGUUCACGUAUUAUCGGUGUAAACAUAUCAACGGUGCAAUCCGAAAUGUACGAUUUAUUCACGCGCACUAUGUCACUUCCGGUUUAUUUUUGUUGACAAGUGCUCCCGCCAUCUGUCAAAGUAAAAAAAGUGGAAAAAAUGUCAUUUUUGAGGGUAAGUAGACUUUAUUUUCUGCUUCUUUUAAGAAAACUUUUAAAAAACAAUUAAAAAUAAUUCAUUACUUCUCAUAGUAUUAGGAAUAUACCUUAAAAUGUCAAAAAAACACAUCGGUCCAAGUGCGCUCAGCGUUCAUGUAAACAAUAGUGACGUCAGAGCACCUGCCAUGUCCGAUUUUUUUUUCAGCUACUGAGUUAAACUUCUGACCAACAUAUUUAAUUGAUUUUUAAUUGGAUGUUCACCCUUUUUCAGCUUCCAACCAUUGGUCAGAAUAAGAAACAAAGUAAAAGGCUUUAUAAUACUGAUCUUCUCUGGAAAGCAUAUAGAGAUGUUAAAGAUAAGGGUGUAUCAGUUUAUAGGGCUGCACGUGUGUAUGGUGUACCAGAGAGCACAUUAAGAGACAGGACCCUUGGACUGCAGCCAGCUGUAGAAAGUAAAGUGGACUUACCACGGUCAGGUGCAUCGGCAGUGUUUACAAGGGAACAAGAAAAGCAACUUGUAGAUCAUGUUUCAUACAUGACAGGGAUAGGAUAUGGGUACACCAGGCAUGACUUUCUAAAUUUAGCAACUGACUUUGCUGUGUCCCUAGGUAUUAGAUCUGUUUCUGAUGCACAGUUAACACAUUCUUGGUUCACUGGAUUUAAGAACCGUAACCCUGAAGUCUGUCUAUCCAAACCUCAGAAACUGUCAUUAGUACGGGCACGAUGCACAUCAAAGGAAGUGCUUGAUAAGUACUUUGAGGAAUUAAAAAAUGUCAUGGACAAGUAUGAUCUGACAAAUCACCCAGAAUACAUAUGGAACGUAGAUGAAACCGGAUUGAUGAUGGAACACAAUCCACACCAUGUUGUUUGUAUUAAAGGGCAGACCCCACAGGCAGUUACUUCCAACAGGGGGAAGACUGUCACAGUUAUUGCAGCAGGUAGUGCUGCAGGAACAAGAAUCCCUCCAUUUUUUGUAUUUCCUGGUAAGAGAUGGUGUGAUUCUCUUUUAGAGGGUGCUUCACCAGGAUCUGUUGGUAUUAUGUCAGAGACCGGAUGGUCCAACUCAGCUGUCUUUCUUGAGUUCUUAAAUGAGCACUUUAAGAAACUUGUUCCUACUAGUGACCAUGCAGUUCUUGUGUUGUUUGAUGGACAUAAAUCACAUGUCAACCUCACUUUAUCUACCUGGGCUGCUGCGAACAAUGUUGUAUUCUUCGUCCUCCCUCCUCACACCUCUCACAUAACUCAGCCGUUGGACGUAGGGUGUUUUGGCCCUCUCAAGAAUGCUUAUUACAGUGAAUGCCAGACAUUCAUGCGGAGAAAUCCAGGAAUGCAAGUGACCAGGUAUAACAUUGCUGAGCUGGCUGGGAAUGCUUAUAACAAGGGUGUCACUGCAGGUAACCUUAUCUCAUCAUUCAGGAAGACAGGUAUAUAUCCACUUAAUAGGAUGGAAAUAAGCUGCCAGAAAACAGCCCCAGCAACAAUUUAUAAUGGUGGUGACAACAAUGGUAUUAAUGCCUGUAAUAAUGAGAAAAGCACCUUCCUUGAUUCAAAGAAAAUCACUGUUGUACCCAGUGUUACACCUAAAAGGAAAGUACCACCAACCAUUACUGGUGACAUUAGAUCUCCCUCCAAAAAAAUGUUACUGAAGCCUGCUCCAAGUGAAAAAAUCUCUCAGAAGUCUGAACCUAAAAGCAAAAGGAAGUCUGAACCUAAAGGCAAAAGGUCUAAACCACUCUCACCAGUGCCAUGUACAUCAGGUGUCUUCAAUAAUGUAGUUAGUAGUGACUCAGAGUCAGAAACAUCAGUUAUUGAUGAGCAAGAUCUUUGUUGUGUUUGUCACAAGGCAAGACCAGAUGCACUUAACCUUGAUUAUAUCUUGGAAAUUGUUUUGUGGGCCCAGUGUGAUGUAUGUAACCACUGGACACACCUAAAGUUUUGCUCCAGUGUCCGUUGUGUCAGGAGGGGAGAUACCUUCCUGUGCCCUCACUGCACAUAAAAAAUGUCUGUUAUCAUAAUAUCAGGAGAAAGUUAAUUUGAUUGUGACAUUCAGUCAGUGUACAUGAAUAUGAAUUUUAACAAAAGUGUUGUUAUUGUUUGAAUUUAUUUAUUUUUGAUAUAUCAUAUUUUAUAUUAAUUGGCAUACCUGUUACAUUUCAGGUUGAAAUAAAUACAGAAUUCUAUUAAAUUAUAGCAGUGUGUUUAUUAUUUGGUAUUAUGACCAAUUUUGGUCAGAAGUUUAGUUCAGUAGAAUCUGGUAGGUAUUAUUUUAUGUAUGCACCGGUGAUACGUGACAGAUCAAAACAAAAAUGGCGGAUACAGUGACUUUGUAAAUAGGUCACUGCUUGCUUAGCUGAGAUGGUUGAUGAAAUAAAAUCAGCCUGUUAAAUGCAGAAAAGGUAAUUAUUUUAACAUUCACUAAUAGCAGAAAAAGUCAUUUAUUCGUUUUUUAAAUGCGGACAUUUUAAAUGCUAGUACACCGAUAAUAGGUUACAUCAGGAUACAUUGUAUACAAUAGUUGCAUUUUUUUUCAAUAUUAAUUGCAGCUUUAUAAAUUAGAACACUUCAGGUUCAUGUUUGAUAUAGUUUAUUAAUGAUUAUAAUUUUAAUCAUACAAUGAGUUAUGAGAUAUUUUAUUAAUUUUAAUAUAUUUAGAUUAAUAAAUGUAAAAAGUCUGUAUUAAAUGCAUAGGUCAUCUUUUGUACAAAAAUAAAGGAAAAAAAAUGUUGUAUAAUUUUCAUUUUCAGUUUUGGUAGGGAAAAGUUUGAGUAUGUACAUGUACAGUUGUUUGACCUGUCUUACCCUGUGGCAGUCCAAGAAGAUGUUACCAUUAUGAAAAAUGCAGGAGAACUUGAAGACAAUUGUUAGUGCAGAAGGGACAUAAAAGUUAUGACAAAAGUUACAGAUAUAAAUAAGAAGUGCUACAAGUGUGUUGUCAUGUGAAAUGGAAUUUACCCCAACUGUGCUGCAAGAUGUAUAUUCAAGUGCAAGACAGCCAUGCACCAGCUGUAAACUGAGAUGGACCCAUAUAAUAAAUAUGUUGACUUUUCUAUGUAUUAUCAUCUGUACAGAAUGUGUUCAUGACAAGACUGUAUACAUAUAUUGUUAAAUCAUUUUUUAUUUCCAUUAUUGCAUGCAUGUAAGAAGCAAGCAUUUAACAAUUGCAUUCAUAGAAGUGUUAAAAUGUGAUCAAUCUAAUUUAAAGAAACACAUUUAAUUGGACUUUUUAAGUUUCAUAGUAUUUGUGGUGGAGACUGACCCAGUCAUUCAGCAACUUAUACUGUCUGUGUGUCAUUUCUUGUAUGUUAUAGAUUUCUUAAUAAUACAUUAAAUGUCAAAGUUAUGGUAAGAUGAACUCAUUCAUCACUUGUAGAUUAAUGUUAAAGCAGUUCAACAUUUUACCAUAAGUUAACUAAUAUUCUAUUUAACCAGAGUUGUCACAUAUUUUCAUAUAAAUAUUUGUAUAAUACAGUCUAAUCUAAUCUACAUGUGAUGUUCCACAAUUUUUUAGUUAUAUUUUAUGUUGAUAUUUUAUGUUGUUUUCAUGUCUCAACAUAUAAUUACUAACAUCAAAGAAACUUAAGUAUUUUACAAUUUGGUUGGUAUAAUUGGUUGUUUUGUUUAUAUAUUUUAUUUUUUUCCAUCCAGGAGAAUAAAGAAAUAUACAUUUCAAAAUAUCUCAUCAUUCUAGAUAAGUACACUACAUAAUCAAGAUAAAAGAAAUAAGAACAAAAUAUGUUGGUGGAAUUUUAUUUUCAAAAAUUUGAUAUACAGUCUUUGUAGUAUUUACUUCUUUAGAUAUGUUGGACUGAAAUGGGAAUAACAACAUACUUUAAAUUUUUGUAGUCAUAAGUUAAUAUGGGAAUUAUUAACUUAACUUAAAAAGAUUUUAUCUCACUGUUAUGCAAUCUGAGCUUUAAUAUUUUUCAACAUUGUCAUUGGCAACAAGGCUCAAAAUUAUUUGUUGUGUAUACCUUGCAUUCAUGUGUGAUAAAUGCUUUUAUGGUAUUCUUUAAUAUAAUUUAUGCUUUUCAUCUUACCAUGGAAUAAAAAAAUAUAAAUUUAUUUGUCUGAAAAUUAAGGUAAAAAUACUGACUGAUUAAAUUGCAAUAUAAGAAAGCUUAUUUGAGAUAAAGGGAGGUAAUUCCAUAAAAAAAUAUGUAUAAUGUAGAUGAUAAAUGUAAUGAAGGGAGGUAAUAAAAUAUUGUGAAGUUA